UUAUAUCAAUGUUUUAAUCAGUAAAAAAUUAGUUUGUUUAAAUCGACUAUUGAGACGUGUUUGCCGGUUUCGUAAUCAUAGUGUUACAACCGUAAAAACAAACAAAAGUAAUGGCUGGCGUAGAUAUUUCCAUAGAUGAGUACGACGUAGAAGAUUUACUUAAAACGUCUCUGUUGAUUCCGGAUUUAGUAGUAGACGGCAUACAUUUUGGCCGCGGUGAUGCCUACUACAACGAGAACACCUCAAUUCAGCUGAAACAUAAAACCGUGCAGGUGAAAUGUUGGCGAAUCGUCGAGCAAAAUCUAGAAGAAAUCGGAGAAGAAUCGAACAACUUCUACAGCUGUGAAACUUACAUCGUCCAGUGGAAAUCCAUCACAGAUAAUUUUCGUUUCAACACCGAUGAUGUUUUAAGUAAGCAAGAAAACAAUAUUUACUUUUAUUGGAGAGGAGAAGGAGCGGUGAAGGGAUAUUCACCUUUACCGGAGUCCAUAGAGAAAGAAAAUCCCCCUGUAGAAAGAAUAGUCCAGUGGUCUGAACCACCGGCUUUCCUUCAGCUUUUUUCUGGUACUUUAAUUGUACACAGUGGGAAACAAAACAGUUUAAGUGAUGAUCCGCAUCUCUAUAUUCUUAGAGGCGAAAUGGAUAAAGAAUUACACUUGUACGAAGUGGAACUAAAGAAGGAAAGUCUGCGCAGCAGAACUUCAUUUGUUUUACACUUUUCCAAAGAAAAGGCUUCGAUCAUCUGGCACGGGAGCAAGUCGAGUUCGCACAAUAAAAAUUCUAUCAAAAAAACAACAGAGAAAGUUUUUGGGAAGAACAUCACAGAGAUUGAUGAAGGAUUUGAGAGUGAGAAAUUCACAGAGGCAUUUAAAGGCGACAGUAGUGAUUAUUUUGUUCAUCCAGUGGAGAAAGUUAUAGAUUAUACACCUAGGUUAUUUUACUUUAAUAAAAUUAUUGGAAAUUUUUCAAUUGCAGAAAUUGAGUGCAGUCAUAAGAGUAGUUAUUUGACAACUUUUCCGUUUCUUCAGUCUCAUCUGUAUACUGCUGAACAGCCAGCAAUCUUCCUUCUGGACGACAAUGAUGAAAUCUGGGUCUGGUACGGAUGGGAACGUGACGAAGACGACGAAUUUAAAAGCGAAUGUUUCGUAGUUGCAAUCAACUAUGCAAAACAGAAGAGCAAAAGAAUAAAGCAACUUGUUCGAAUUCAUAAAGUAAUUGCCGGUUUCGAGCCUAAUAAUUUCACAAAUCUGUUCCCUGUCUGGAAGAAAAGAGAGGACAUCGCACAACUCCAAGAAAAGGUUGUACAAUAUUUUAGGAUGGUGUGCUGCCGAGCGUAAAUCCCAUAAUUGAGAUGAUUUCUUACGAGGACGUGGCGAAAGCUUAAUUCCAUUAGCGACUUCUUGGUUUUAUUAAAUUAUUUUUAUUUCAAAUACUGGUUGUCUUUAAUAUAUAGUCUCAAUAUAUAUUUGCUUCUUACGGAAGUUGCACUUUUAACUUGAAAUUUGAUUGUUGCAUACAUGUAUUUAAUAAAGCAUUGGAAGAUUGUGA